ACUAUGUUAGUUGUUAAGAGUGUAGGAAGAUGAUUCCUAUUAUUGUAAUCGUUGCAGUAGUAUUUCUGAACCUUGGAAAUUGUAAUUACACAAUAGACUACCACCCAAAUUGGCAAUAUAUGCCAAAUGAUAUUUGUGGAACCACGAUAUACGACAGGCAUAACUAUAGAAUCAUUGGUGGCAAAGAAGCGAAAGUGGCUCAAUACCCAUGGCUUGUAAAAUUGGGAAUAAAAAUUACUUUUUUGCCCCUUUUUAUUAACUGUGCUGCAACCUUGAUUACGGAGAAUCAUGUUGUAACAGCUGGUCACUGCCAACUUAAUAAUGUAGUACAAAUUGGAGAAGAACACCAAGAAUGUGUUAGCGAGAGAAAUUAUUGUUUAAAGUAUAAGCUAAUUGAAACAACAGUGGUGUUUAAUACGUAUGACCAAGUAUCAAUGAAAUAUGAUAUAGCUUUGAUGCGCCUUGCAGAACCAGUUCGGUUUACAGAUUUUCUAUUACCAGCUUGCUUACCUAGAAGGCACCUUCUUUAUGAGAAUUUGUUGGGACGCCAUGUAGAUGUUGCUGGAUGGGGCUACAUAGACAACCAAGGCAGACUACCUAACUCACUGAUGCACAUUCAAUUGCCAAUAAUCAAAAAGCAAAGGUGUGAAGAGGCGUAUCAAAAGAAACUGAUUAGUUCCCAGUUGUGCAUAGGAAACGUAGGAAAUAGUGGACGGGACUCUUGCGCUGGUGAUUCUGGUGGUGGAAUAACAAUGAGGAGAGUCUUAGAUGGAGAAACUCGCCACUACUUGGUGGGAAUAGUCUCCCAUGGUUUUACUAAAUGUGCAACUGGUCCAGCAAUAUAUACAUCUGUAGCACAUUACGUAAAAAUGAUUUUAGACCAUAUAACAUACUAGAGAGGUAGUAUUCCCAAAAGAAUACUAGUACACAGUUACGCAAACUUUAGUUGACUGUAUUUGUUGUUUUUUGUAUAUGAUUUC